AUGAUGAUGGUGAAAGAUUCUUAUCCGAAUUUUUGGGUGAAUAGUAAUGUGCAUACAUUAUUCCAGUCUCAAAUGAGUGCAGCAGCUGGAAUUAAUCAUAAUACUAACAAUGGUAGUAAGGCUCAUUCUGGAACCAAAAAUUCUUCACAACAGCAGCUUCUAUUCUUCGAUUCACUUACUGCCAGCUCUUCUCAUAACAACGACGACCUUCCGACCGAAUGUAUAAGAUUCCAUCAGCGGGUCGUAUUGUCGGAAAUUUGUAUAGUUCCUAAGAAUUUUAGACCGUUUUUGGGAAGCCGUAAGAAUGAUUAUGCUGGACAAACCACCCCCUCCAAAUUUGAUUUACAACUUCUCAUCCACAAAAUGGUGACUUCGGAUGUAGCAAAAUCUCCCACUAAAAAAACUCUUCCAACAUAUCCUCUACACCCAUUUACAAUCUCCUACGACGAAAGAAGAGGAUACCAAAGCUUUGAUGUAGCAUUGUCACCAGAGGCGACAACUCGGUUUAUCAUUCUACGUGGAAACUACCAGGCUGUGACACUUUGUAUAUACGGUCGAGUGGUGGAGAGUAAUAAGUUGCUUGGUAAUAAUCCACAAUCGAAGGCAAAUAUCAAAGAACAAAACAGUAGGGGUGGUGUUAUGACUGAAUCGUCUUUAUCUUCUGCUAUUCACAAGUCAACAUUUGAUACCGUUGAAAAAAAAGAUGAAAAUGAGAGAGGAAAUUCAAGUAUAAAUAAUAUCUCUAAUGAAAUGAUGGCCUAUCAGCAGCAUAUCUUGGAAUCAAAUAAAAAUAUGUCAAUAGAUGAUGAUAAUAAAAUUGUAAUUUCUGAAUCUUCAUCUUCAUCCUUAAAAAAUUCUGUUGUUCAUAAUUCAAUUAUCGAAGGAGGACUGCAGCAUGACUCUAUAUCAUCAUUAAUUCUUAAUCCGAGCCUCGAAUCUCUUCAAGACACAUCAACAUCAAUAACAAUUCCGAUAGAUGGUGUUCGAAAAGAACGGACUAUACCAUCAUCUUUCAUAGUAGAAAACAAUCCUGUUACAAAAUCUGCUAUAUACUAUGAAAAUGAAGAGCAUCUCUUUAUGGAGGAAGAUAGUAUAUAUAAUAUAGACGAUGGCAUGAAAGAUAUUUCUGACGAAGAGCGUAUUGGAAUGCUUUUUAGAAAAGAUCGGACCGGAGCUUUCAAAGUGCUAAGCCCUUUAAUUUUGCCAAAAUGGAUGAUGGCUUAUGAUCCAGAUGAAAACUUUAUGAACGGCUUACUUUUGCGUCAUUCUUCACCCGACGAAACUCUUAUUUCGUUGGCAAGAAAUUCAUUUUCGGAAACUCAUUUUAGAAAAUCUUGGGAUCAGUUACGCCGUAUUGUUCGUGAAAUUGAUGAUCUGUUGUCCAAACCGCUAGAUUCAAAUGCCCUUGAGAACAUUGAUAUAGAGACGCAAUCCACUACUAAAAACAUUGCUUCUUCUCUAACAGAAUUAUUCCGCCAGGCGAAUGAUGCGAUAGUAGAAGCAAUUGUUUGGGCACAACAUCAUAAUAGUAAAUAUGAAGAUAAAGUUUCUUCGAUAAUGAAAAGUAUAGUUUAUGCGCUUGACUUAACAUCCGGAAGGUCUUCUGUAAAUCUAUUCGAAAAUGGCCUUUUAUUAUUGAGCAAACUUUAUUCAUGCGGAGACGAUAUUAUUGAUAGCAAAUGGAUUCCAAUAUGCUUGGAAAAAAUGCUUACUUUGCUAAGCACGUCUUAUACUUCGACAUUUUUGCAGACAAAAAUUCUUGAAGGCUUAAUUAACUGCAUGGAUGAUUCUAGAGUUGUUGAAAGGCUACUGGGCUGGGAUGAAGAAAUAUCUGAUAAAAUGACCCUCUAUCAAACUUUUAUUCUACCAAUGUUGCAGUCAGAUAAAUCGGCUUCGCGUGUGUUAUACUUAUUACAGGCGAUUAUUCGUAAAGUUUCAUUAUACGAGGCAUGUUUUCAGAUACAACGAACAGCAAACGAAGCACUCGAGCAAGAAUUAUCCCGAAGAAAGGGGAAAACAUCUAAAUUAGGAAAUUUUGUUCCGGAAGAGGAUCCAAUAAAGCAUCAAAACAUUGAGAGUGAAGAUGAUAAUCAAAUGGAUAUUGAUAAUGUUCCUCAGGAUUAUGACGACAGCAUCGAACAAAUUAUUGAAAGAAUUAUUAAAUGGUUAAAGAUUAUAUCAAAAGUGGCUCUUUAUCAUAUGGCAUUGAAUCCUAAUGAAUCGAACAAUGACCAUCAACCUUCUUUUUUCAACUUUCGCUAUCUCACAUCUACUCGCUUAUUUCCCGCAAUCACCGUUUUGUUUUCAUCGCAUCGAUUUCGUUCUUCCAAUAAAUUCAACGAUCUAGUUAAUUCUGUUGCAAGAUUAUGCGUGACUUUGUUGACUGCACCGUCCGGAAUGCUUUAUUUGGCUAAGCAAUUGCAACCAAGACCUGGGUCCUCCGUUGAACCAUUAUUAACCCUAUGGACUAGUCUUUUAUGUCACGAAAGUGCCGCAAAUAUAAAUAAUCAAAUGGAUGAAUCUGAGGCAUCACGGACUAUUCCUCAUAUUGUACUUCAACGAUGGGCAGAUGCGACCGAAAUACGACAAACAAUCGGUAUUGCCGAUAUUUUAUGUGGAUUUGGUAAAAGUUCGAAUGGUGGGAAUUAUGAAGAAGAUUAUGAUUAUAUUUGUGAUUAUUCCGAGGAUGAUUCUCAAACCCAUUAUUGGGAGGAUUCUGAUAUGCGAAAAGCAAGACGCAUAUUAAGAAUGCAGAAUUAUGGCGCUAUUGGCGCAAAGAUUGAUCAUCUGGAUCAUUUUAUUAUUUCAUUCGAUCAACUAAUUAUUUUACUGGCAUACCAAUUAUAUGCUAUUGCUGCAGUUGAAAAAUUAUUAGAAUUUGGCUCUCAAAGGUUAGAGGAUGAUCUCUGGGUAGAUAACAGAAAGAUAGUUUCCUUGUUAAAUGAUUUAUUCGAAAUGACUGCUUUUUCAGUUGGAAAGCAGGCUGUGGCAUCAACUAUAAUAUAUCUUGAUGCGUUGCCAAUUUUAUUAUCAUUUUUAAAUAACAACCAAUCUGAUAAUAGCAAUAUUCUUAAUUCCGUCUUCAAUCUAAGCUCAAAUUUCAUUGGACGGCUUCCACUUGAACUAUUGGAAGUUGUUUUAAAAUUUUCCCGUGCAUUUCCAUAUAUGCUUACCCCGGACAUUAACGAAUUGGUCUCUACAUAUGUGAUUUCUGAAACGCAUUUACGUGCAUUGUGGGAGCCAAUUGCUAUUUUUCACGAGACUGGAACUAUUCAGAGCGUUAUUGAUUUGAUUAAGCAACAAAAAUUUUAUCCGGAAUGUCUACGAGAUCACACCAUUGUCAAUCAAGUAUUAAUAGCCAUGCGAUUAUUGUUAACAUAUACAUAUACGGAUAGAGGAAUAAUGCAAAUACUCAAAGCGCGAAUGGAUGAUUUUAGCGGAUUAGAUAACGGUGAUAGUCUUUUAAUUUUCUUGUUGAGACUUUUAAACUAUAGCGCUGAGGUGUUAUCGGAUUUAAGUGAUUUCGCUGUGUAUACUGAACAGCCAUCGACCACCGAUCCUUCUGUAUCAGAAGGUUAUCUUGGUGAUGCAGCAAAUCCAGCAAUUCAAGAUCCAGCAAAAUCGAUUAGUUCUGAGCAAUCAAAAGAAGAAAAUGAUUCAACCCAAGGUCCAAAUUUUGUUUCUUCAAAUAUUAUGCUCUCCUCAGAGGUUUUUGAACUCCGUCGAGAGCUGCUCGAACUGGUUUGGUGUGAUCUCAUUCUUAUCCAACGACUGCUACUCUCCAUUUAUGGUGAUCCACAGAGCAGUGCUGCGCGACGCCAUUUUAACGAUAUUUACGGUAAAAGGGAGUCGCCUGAUGAUCCGCUGCCAUCUCAAGAAAAAUCGAUGAUUCGAGCAUUCGUUGAGCCAUUAUUGAUGCUGAUGUCAGCUUUAGAUCACAUUGAUGGUCGUCUGAGCGAUCAACUUGGUGCUGCUUCAUUGUUAUUUACAGAACAACAAAUUAAAAGUGGUCAAUCAGCGCAGAUUGCCAGAAUUCGUGGCUUGAUUUUUAGUGUUUUUGGUCUUUUAACUCAGGUGAAAAUCGAAGAAACUGACACUCAACAACAGCAGCAUGAUAAAGAAGCAUUGAGUUUUCGGUUUUUUUCGAUGUUUGCUGGGCGGCACGUAUUUAAGCAAUUAUGCGAAUUCAUGUCUGAAGGUCCUGAUAAUAUAUUAAGUGGAUUGCACGUAGUAAGUGAGAUACUUCCCGUUCCAUUACCUUCACGCAAAAAUCUACAUGAUUUGCAAAGUGACGGAUUCACAGAGGAUACAUAUCACAAUUUACACAGUGAUGAAUGGGUAACUGUUCAACGCCAAGCCAGGCUUUUACGCAAAUAUUGGAUCGAACAAUUAAUUCCAUUGAGAGAUGAAUUGAUGCGACUAGUCAAAAGCCUAGCUCCUUCCAGCUCAAAAAUCUUACAUAUUAUGCUUAGAACUGUUAUUUCUCAGGUCGUUGAUUUAGACAUUCUUGACAAUGGGCUGGCACGAGGUAUUGUUGGCGUUGUCAUUAAUGGAGUACGUGAAGCUGCACAUCAAUAUAAAACAGCAAUAGAUAAAAUAGACGCGAAAGUAGUCGAGAGUUCUAGCAUUAAUGUAAAGACCGGUAAUAAUACUAGCACAGAAGAGAUACCGAUGAAUCUUUCGGAUAUUGAUACUGAGCACACGAUAUUAGGUCGUUGGCUUAGUCUUUUGGCGUCAUUAUCUGGAUACUCUUCCGGAAGAAUCUUAGUGCUCGAGAUGCUAAGGGAAAGGGUAGAUGACCCGAUGAUCUUGGAUGAUACGACCAAUGAGCAGCACUUUAACGAUGAUCCCAGUUUAAUAUCUUUAUUGCUUGAUUUAGUUCGUACAAACCAACAAAUGGAUUAUACUUCGGAUCUUAUAAUGGAAAUAUUCUAUUCUAUUUGUGAUAAUACAAUUGCUAUAUCUAAAAAUAAUAUACUUGACAUUAAAGAACUUUCUACGAUAGUGGAAACACUUUUGGAUUGGGUAAAGCAAGGCAAAGAUGGUCGUCUUCAAAUAGAAUCACUAUUGGUUUUACAAAAAAUCACAGAAACCGAGAUAGGUAUCAUGUUGAUAUUAUCUGAAUCUAAUCACCGGCAACUCAUUAGUAAUAUGUUGACGUGGGUUCCUGAUUUAUUGAGAUCACAAGAUUUAGGAAUGCGAGAUUUAGAUAUUGCUUAUCAUUCAAUCAUUUUUAUUCAAAAAAUAAUUGAUUGUUCCUCUUCAUGGAGCUCAAAAUCCGACAAUUUCAAUAAUGAUGGUAUGGUAAUAAUAGAAAAAGAUUAUAAUAACGUUAAGCCUCUUGCCGUGUUAAUUGAUUCCGCAGAAGAUCUCGAUGCUCUCUUGAAAACAUACGAAAACAUAGAACAACAUGUCCUUGAACUUCCAUUCGAACCGAGUCACGUCGAAGAAGAGGUAUAUGAUAUGGAAAUGUGUCAAUUACUUGCCAGUGUUAUAAGACGGUUGAAAGAAGCAUUUCGAGUGUAUUUACGUGAGGUGAACGAUGUUCACGGAAGAAAUGGAAUUGACGCUGAAGAAAUUAUCGAAGAAUUUGGUCAAAGAUUGAGCCACGGAGCAACUAUCAGCGAUCUACCCCACAUUCCUUUCUACGACGUGGUGGACGACGCGGAAGGUAAAGAAGGUGACGGCGGACUAUUUAAUAUACCGGACGCUGAGAUCGAUUUCGAACUCUUUGCAAAGGAAAUGUUGCCCAAUUUUCAAUUUCAUAAAAAAAUGAAAAUGACAGGCGAUAGUGCAGCAAAGGGUAGAAAACUAUUGAAAGCACGGACGCUUAGUAAACUCGGCGGUGUUGCCUAUGAAAGCAAUGCACGUAGAAAUUUAGGUGGUGGAAAAACCUACCAGAAAAACGAAUUUCGUAGUAUACAUAAUAAUCGGAAGGCUAAUACAAGUCGUCCUCCAUCAGUCCAUGUGGAUGAUUUCAUGUCCGGAAAGAUACCGGCAAAUCAACAGCAUCCUGAUAUGGUUGUAUCAACUAGCAAUGCCCUUUCAACUUUGGCAGCAGUCUCUGCUUCUACUCUACAACAAAAGAAAGCAACGAAUAUUUCCAAUCGCCAGCCAACCCCUAAUAAAAGAAGCAGUAUUACAGCCACGACAGCAGCUCCUCCUCCAGCAGUUACUAGUGCAAGAGGUGGGCGUGGAAGACGUCCAAGUACCAGUUCAGGAUCAACUCCUCGUGGUGCAGCACCUCGUGGAGCAAGCAGUACUGGAAGAGGAACCGCAGUAGGCAGAGGUAGCACUGCCAAUCCUGCAAUAGUGGGUGCAUGGGAUAUAGGAAAUGGUGCAUGGACAGGUGCUCCUCCACCUCCUUUAUCACCAAUGUUAAUGCCGCCGCCUAUGUCAAAAUAUAUGGAAUUUGAUAGAAGAAUGGAGGGGCAGCGAGAUUAUCCUCCACGUUAUGAAAGUCAACCAAUUCGAACUGGAUAUUAUGACAAUCCUUAUUAUGGUGUUCCUUCGACAAUAGUACCUUACGAUCGGCCACCAGUUCAACAGUCUGCUCCUGGUAUGGGACCAAGAAUAAAAAAUGGGAGUGAUAAUCGUGGAAGGACUAUCCCUCAAGAAUGGACACAGAGAUCUUUAACUUCGCAAACUUUGCGGCGUCCCGAAAGACCAUUUGGUCGACGAUAA